UGCUCCACAGGCUAAGUUUUUUUGGCAUAUGCUGUGUAAACAAGGUCGUCUGGUGCUGAUCUGAUCUGAGGUUUGCUGCCAGCAAGCAGAGGGCUGGUUGGUGCUGCCGAUGUGUGAGCGAGCUGUGGCCCUGCUGAGUCCUGGCCCCGCUGGGGCAGCACUAAGGGGCAGCAGCUCUCUGCUUGCUUCAUCCGGACACAUCGGAGCCUACACCCCAAACAUGAAUAGAACAGUUCUGAGAGCUGUGGGUGCAGGUCUUAUUUUUCUUCAAAUCUGACUUUUGAAACCCUUUUUCAGGAUGAUGUACCAGCAUUCCCUUUUAAUUUUCCUCCUCUUCUUCCAUCCCCGUAAAUGCCAAGACCAAACCCCGGCUGAAGAUCCGUACGAAAUGCCCAAGGACUACCAGGAGGUCUACAGAGGGACAAAAAAAGAUGUCAAAGAGAUCCCCAAGAUCGCAAAGCCCUUCAUUUCUGAGAUGGUCUUUGUGCAAACCAGCGUUACUGCCGUAAGGAAAGGUGCCUUCAGGUACAUGCCCAACCUGACCAAGAUUUUGUUUAUCGGCAACAAGAUCAAGGUGGUUGAACCUGGAGCCUUUGAUGGUUUGGAGAAACUGAGGGAUUUGGAGAUCUCUGGUGCCUCACUAGAAGAACUGGCCAUGGGCACUUUCCAGAACCUCCCAAGCUUGCAGAGACUGGAGCUGAGGGACAGCCACAUCAGCCACAUCCCCAAAGGGCUGUUUGAAGGGCUGGAGCAUUUGGGAGAGCUCUCCCUUCACAUCAACGCGAUCUCAUCUCUUCCAGAAGGUAUUUUUGAUUCCCUUGCCAAUCUAACUUUUUUGGACCUGUCUAGGAACAGGAUCACGGCUCUGCCCAGAGAUGUCUUUAGCAAACUCCCCCACCUGCAAGUCCUGCGGCUGUACGAGAACGAGUUGCAGGACCUCCCGGAGGGGCUGCUGGAUGCCCAGCAGGGGCUGCUGGAGCUCAGCCUCCAGAGGAACAGGCUCAGGACACUGCCACCCAUGCUUCUGAGGAGUCUGGCCCACCUGGAGAAACUCCUCUUGGACAAUAACCUCAUCGGGGUUCUCCCACCCCAGGGCUUUUUUGGGUUAAACAAACUGAAGCUGCUGACUCUGGGUUCAAACCACAUUACGGAGCUCCCCUGCUGCCUUUUUGAUGGCAUGCCACAGCUGUGGGAGCUGGACUUGGGCAGGAACAGCUUGGUCACACUUCCAGAUGGCAUCUUUGUCAAUCUCACGUCUCUUGGCAAACUCAUCUUGUCCCACAACCAGCUGUCAGCCCUGCCGAGAGGAGUCUUCACAGGGCUCAGCAAGCUCUCGGACCUCCAGCUGGACACAAAUCAGCUCUCUGCUCUUGAUGACAAGGUGUUUGCUCCUCUCCCAAAUCUGAAAACCCUCAACCUUAGAAAGAACCAGCUAAAGAGUGUCCCCCGAGGACUCCUGGACCCGCUGAAGAGGCUCAGCUCAGUGUAUCUGAGUGGGAACCCAUGGAGGUGUGACUGCAACCUCUGUUACCUGCACAGCUGGAUCCAGGAGAACAGUGAGAAGGUAAAAUUGUCUGCCCAAGUGUCAUGCAAGACUCCACCCCACCUGGCAGGGCAAGCAGUGACAUCCCUGAGAGACGACCAGUUAAUUUGUCCAGCCACUUUGCCUCCUUCCGUUUCCUUCUCCCCAUCUCUGCCACUCACCUCCACGUUAUCACAAAGGAAGUCAGCCUUGCUGUCACCUGGAGCCUUGCCCACUGCAGCACAGACCACACUGCCAUCGGUGACCCUUCCUGCCAUGGCACUGCCAGCCAUGCCAUUACCUAUGGUCACCUCCUCCAUGUUGCCAACCAUACCAGCUGAGUCCUUCCACACUGCUCCCUCACCAACCAUGAUGUCUAAAGCCUCCAUCAUCACCCCAUCAUCAGCUGUGACACGGGAAGCCUCCAUCACCACCCUAUCACCCACUGUGCUUCCUGAGACCUUCAUCACCACCCCAUCACCAACCAUGCUACCCAAGACCUCCAUCAAGACCUCAUCACUAACUGGAAUGCCUGAGGCCUUCAUUACCACCCAAUCACCAACUGUACUACCCAAAACCUCCAGCAGCACCCCACCAACAACUGUGCUACCCACGACCUCCAUCAUGACCUCAUCACCAGCCGGGCAGCCUGAGGCCUCCAUCACCACCCUACCACCUACUGUGCUUCCCAAGACCUCCAUCACUGUCCCAUCAUCAGCUGUGCUCCCUAAGACCUCCACCACCAUCCCAUCAUCAACUGUGCUCCCUAAGACCUCCACCACCAUCCCAUCAUCAGCUGUGCUACCCAAGACCUCCAUUACUAUCCCAUCACCAGCUGUGCCACAGGCCUCCAGCCUCUGCUCAGCUCCAGCAAACACAAGCCUACAGCCUCCUGAGGCCAACAGCCCAAAUCUUGUUCUGUCCACUCUAGCUCCUGCCACCCCACCGAUGCCAACCACCCCACGGGCAGCUCCCACCAGACAAGUCCCUCCUGCUCUUCUGGCACCCACGGCAAGGCCAGCACCCCCCGUACCCCCACUGCGGGGCCACACGAGCCCCCAGCCGUCCUCCUCACCCACGUCCCCCGGUGGGCACCACCCCAGCGCCUUCUCCCUGCGGCCCAGCCCACGGCACUGCCGUGUCUCCCUCGCCCUGGGGCUGGCUGUGCUGGCGCUGCAGGUGGGGGCCACGCUGCUGGGGGUGAAGCUCGUCCUCCUCCUCCACCACGCCACCCGUGGCCGUGGUCCCCCCAUGCCACCGGUGAGGCUGCUGAGCGUCCGAGCGAUGGCCACCGCGCGCCCACGCCGGGCUGUGGAGAGGUAUCAGUGGGGUGCAGUCCCCCAGGGGUGGGUGUCACAGGACCCAGCUGGUUUUGGGGUGCCACCCAGGUGGCCUUCGGAGAUGCUGUGAGCCUGGGGAGCCUGCACCGCGUCGCUGUUGGAUGGGACCUUCUGCCGAGAGACACUAGGUGGCAUCCCGACACAGGCAGUGGCUGCCACCGCCUGCCCACGGCCACGCGGGGCCACGGGGGGCAGAAGGGCGAGCAGUGACCCUGGGGCACCACACCGAGGGGUGG